AUGAGCAGCGGCGCAGCGGGGUCGGUAACUGCCAGGCACUUCGAGAGGAUCGUGAGUCACCUUGGGAGCCGCGCUUUGGAUCCUGCACCCCAAGGCAGGGAGUGUGGACCAUUUAUGCAGCGACUGUUGUUGACUGUCGAAGAGACGCGAGUCGAUGGAGUUUUGGACGAUAUCUUUCAGCGCGUCCACGCCAUUUUUGAGCCAUUGGCGCAGAUGAAUGUCGCUACCGUGGACGAUGUCGAGGUGCUGAUAGCUGACGUCGCGUCGAGGGCAAGUUGUUUGGUGCGUGAAGAGGCCUUGCAGCCAUCUGCUUCAACGACAAUGACCUCCUCUGUUUCUCCCUCCUCCACGUCUCCGUCAGAGUCCCUGUCGCGUGUUCAGCAGUCCGUAUGGUGUCGUACUGGACAGUUGUCCUUGCGACUGAUAAGAGAGUCUACUAGUGGGUUUCACUCUGCGUGGAGUAGUGGCAGUAACGGCGAGGUGCAGCAGGUACCGGUGUUGCUGCAGCUAAGACUUCCAUGGAGGCCUGAAGCGAGUGGCGGGCGGGGGCGCCCUGACGCGGGUGACGGAGGCUGUAAUGAUGCUAACAGCUGUGAGGGGGGAGAAUCAUCGAUGGUGUCGGGCUUUACACUGCAGUGGGGAGCCGUCUUGCUUUUUUUGCAGUUUCUCUCAGAUGCGGCUGGCUUGAUGAGGCCCGUGUGUGAUGAAUGCACGGUUUCUCCUUCGGGAGACAGUCAACAUCCGCUACCGCACAUUGUCGCGGAUACUGUCACAGUGAUGAUGGAACGCAAUCACUUCUUAUUACAGCAGGCACGUGACGCGACGAAAAAUGGGAUGGCUGCGGAAGUACUAACUGUCGCGGCGAAUAAUUUUGCGUGGAUUCAGCAGCAUUGUGGUGGGAUAACAAUGGCCAAUGCAUCGGAGGUGACGGAGCUCCUCACGCGGGGCCUCGCGGUCGUUCUGCAAGAUAUCGUCGACGGUUCUGUGGAGGAAAUACGAUGCGUGCUUCUCAUGUACAUUACGCCUUUUGGUGGAAGUAGUGGUAGAGAGCGGCGCGGCAUGACUCACCGUGUUCUAGCCACACGCAUAGCCGCGAGUUGUGGACUUUUUAAUGGACUGGUGCAUGUUCUACCGCGGCGUGAGAUGAUGACGCUCGUGCUGCAGCAGUCGCUGUGGCCUGUUGUUGAGCAACUGCUGGAGGGGGAAAAGCAAGCUGGCAUUGAGCGGGGCGGUAUCACGACAGACGUUUUAAGGAGGGUAGGUGAUAUGUUUCUGCCCACUGAGGCAUUGCUGAAGCAUGCUGGUGUGCCACACACUGAGACUGGCUUCGGUGGAGACGGCAGCGAUACCACGCUGCCGCAGCGGCUUUGGGAGGCGUUGCAGGUUCUGGAAGCGGAGGAGGCCUUUGGAGCCGUGCUUUGCGAGCAAAGCCCUCCAUUCCGCACACUCCGCCGCCUUCUCCCUGUAAUGACUUCCUGA